UGUGUGUGUGUGUGUGUGCGCGCGAGUGUGUGCGUGUGUGCGUGCGCAAACGAGUGAAAUUAGUGCAGUAUAAAUGAUUAUAUUACUUCUUCUUCUAAUCGUUUGUUUUCUUCAUUUGCUACCGGUAUACGAAAUCCAUCGUUCCACCCUAAUUCAGUCAAAACUGCAUCAAUGUUAUUGUUCAUAGCCAUAUCUAACCUUGAUUCUUCCGAAUAAUUCUCUGAAAGAUAAUUCAACACAUGUUUCAAAGAUUUAAUAUAUAAAAGAAUUUGUAAUUUGCCGUCAUGGCAACCAUGUUAUGUCGAUAACGAUACUCCUUAGGGAAAGAUAGUAAUUUUACUAGGUGAAGUUACUUAAACUGAUUACACUGGUAUGUAACUAGAUGUAAAAACGUGUUCGCUGUGUUUGACGUGAGACGAAUAGAAAAAUAUUGGAUAACAAUGGCGGACGAAGAAUUACCAGCGGGUUGGGAAAAACGUUUAAGUAGAUCCACUGGACAACAUUAUUAUUUAAAUGUUUAUACUAAAGAAAGUCAAUGGGAUAGGCCAGAUAAACCAGCUGAUCCAUCUGGAAAUAACAAAGGAGAUGGUCCAGAAGAAGUUCAAUGUUCUCAUUUGUUAGUAAAACAUUCAGGUUCUAGACGACCAUCUUCAUGGCGAGAAGAAAAUAUCACAAGAUCAAAAGAAGAAGCUCUUGAACUUAUAAAAUUGAUUGUAGUUCAGCUAAGCGAGGUGGAGACUUGGGACCAUUUAGUCGAGGUACAAUGCAAAAACCUUUUGAGCAAGCAGCAUUUGCCCUCAAAGUUGGUGAAUUAUCUUCACCAGUUCACACAGAUAGUGGUAUUCAUAUCAUACAGCGAACAGCAUAA